GGUGGCGCUGGCGGGCACUUCCACAUUUCCCCACAAAAGAGGAAGACACGUGAUUAGUUUUCUCGAACUCCAACAUGGCGGCCGCCAGGAGGCUGAAGCGCGUGGUGGCCUCACAGCCAGGUUAUUUAAGUUUAAAUGACUCUGCAGCCGCGAUUAGUAGUCGACGAAAACGCGUCAACAAGAAUAAGAAAAAGAACUGGAACAAACACAGCGAUAUCAACGAUGUAGAGGAUUUCUUGGAGGACAUCAGACAUCAAGAGAGGACCAUCGGUGGCCUGUUGUCUGAGAAGUCAGACGAUGGCUUGUUCUUUUUGGAUAUUGGGCAGAAACAGAAAGAUGACCAUAAAGUACCAAACAAGGUGGAGGGGAAGAGGAGGAAAGGAAGGUCACAACAUCCUCUCAGGAUAGAUAUGAUCCUGCAGCAUGGCUCACACAUCCCACCAAUUAAAGAUGUACUUUCCCACCAACAACCCAAUGCCAAGAAACUCCGUCGCCAUGCCGAGAUGGCCGCGCAACGGGCGGCCAAAGGCAUAGUUCCAAAAAGUCAGAGAAAGCAGCUCAACAGGAAGCCGUCGAAGACAAGAGCCAGAAAGGCAGAGACAGAGGCCAACAACAAUCCAACCAGAGAAUAUUAUGACAUUUGGAGUCAAGAACCCAAAGAUUCAUCAGAUCCGUGGUACCUUCAGCAGACAGGCAAGAAGCGAGUAAAGCGACCCGAGAAGUUGAAUGAGAAGCCGUCUGUGCUCCCUGCGGUGGAAGUGAUUGCUCCUGGAGGUUCCUACAACCCAGACUUCUUUGCGCAUCAGGCUUUACUGCAAGAGGCCCACGAUGUGGAAGUAAAGAAACAAAAGACAGAAGACAAAAUUGUGAGACAGCUGGCUGUCAACAAAGAAGACCUGGUGACGGAGGCGCACAUAUUUCAGGAGCAAGUGGAAGGCCUGGUGGAGGAGAAUGAAGAAGAAAGCUCUGCUAACGAGGGAGAGGAAGAUGGGGCUGAAGGAGCCAUCACACAGGCAGAGAAGAAGACUGAGAAACAAAGGAAAAAAGAGAAGGCAGAGAAAAUCAAGGAACAACAGCGGCAAUCCGUCAGAAAGAUGACUGACAAGCGACAGCAGCUUUUCCAGCUUCGCUCCAUCAGAGCCACCAUCAAACAGCAAGAACAGAGGACCUUCGCUAGGCAGAAACUACGGAAGGCCAAGAUGGAAGCCCAGAAAUCUCAGCCCAGACGCCUCGGCAAACUAAAGUUUCACGCUCAGGACCUUGAGGUCAAGUUGAGCAAUGAGCUUACCAGCUCGCUACGACAACUGAAGCCAGAGGGCAGCGUCCUCAAGGACCGCUUCAAGAGUCUGCAGAAGAGGAACCUCAUCGAACCCAGAGAGAGAGCCAAGUUCAAGAGGAGGUACAAGCUGAAGUAUGUGGAGAAGAGAGCUUUCAGAGAAAUCACUUAACGCCACCAACCUCGGGAACGGCCACAUGACAGAACUGUGUAUAUACAACUCAAUAAUGUCACGUCAAUCAAAACAAAACAGAAUUCAAGUGCUGGUUGUCGGUGUGAUGUUUCUCAGCAGGUAUGAUUUUAUCUCAAGUUAGUCAGUUGCUUAUUAUGACCAUAUAAACGAUGCUUAUGUUGAGUCACUGCUGCCUUGCAUCUCAGCUCCUGCACUUUUGUGUGGUUUACACCCUUUUUGCGGCAAUGUUUAUAUUAAACCAAACCUAUAAAUACACUA